GUCUCUAAUCUACACAUGUCAGUUGAAUCACGUCUUUGUAAAGAAAUAAUAAAGGAAGAAUUUGGAGUCUAUGCUUCAAAAGUGACAGAACAGCUACUGAUCAAAGGUCGAUUAUCGCUACAUGAUCUAAUACGGCAUACCCAUUACACAUCAAAGUGUGUAAAGGAAGCACUGACUGUUUUGAUACAUCAUGGAAUUAUCUGCUUCUCAGAGGAAUGGAGGGAAAAUACUAUUUAUGAAGCCAAUCCACACAAGAUAUUGAUGCGUCUUCGCAUGAGUCGAAUACUACGUGUAACUGAAGAGCAUUAUGGAAAGGCUGGUUCUGCCGUAUGUCAAUUAUUCUUUUUGUAUGGAAGACUUACAAUUAAUCAAAUCAAGAAAUUAGCACCAAAUGAUAAUGCAAAGCAUAAUAAUGAGACAACUUAUGAGAGAGCGUUUACAAAAAUGGCCAUAGAUCAGUUCAUAACAGCAGUAGUCUCAAGUCAUAGCAGAGUGUUAUUCGAUGGUCAAAGUGGAGAAGAAGAAUCUGAAAGAUACACGAUCAUGGCACCAAGGGACAAAAGGGCAUUAAAGUUAACAUCUCAGGUACAAAAUGAUGCGGUGUUUGAACCGGAACGAAUAGGCAUGAAACGAAAAAUGAAUGAACACAUGGUGGAAUCAAAGCGCAUGGCAGUAGAAGAUGAUUUAUCUUAUAAAGUAGAUCCAACUGUCUUUUUCACACUAAACUACGAAAAAUACAAUAUAACUUUUCGAAAUAAUAUGAUAAGUGAUUAUGCUAUAGACCGAAUCAAUCGCACCGCUGGUGUAGUCAUCAAAGCAUUUCUUAGAUAUGGAAAAGAUAAAAUGAAGAUAGCGAAGGAAGAUAUGUCUCCACCCUCAACGCCAACACAUAUUGCCAAUAUGCUGCCACCAGAAUUGCUGACGCGUGGCGACAUUGUGUUCUCCCAUGGUUCAAACACAAAUAAAAGUCGUGAUGUUGCUACAGCAAUUGAAGGCUAUGUGCGGCUGCUGGCUGCGGAUCAUGUAGGAUUUCUAAUCCCAAUAGAUGAAUGUGGCACAGGAUAUUAUGCAGUUAACUUUAAAAAACUAAGGUCCAAUAUGAAGAAAAGGCUGUUUGAAAGUUAUGUUACUGAGCGGUAUGGAAAAGACUGUUGCCGUCUAGUACGAAUCUUACUUGACAAGGACAAAUUGACUGAGACUCAGCUUCAGAGGAUAUCUAUGAUUCCCUUGCGUGAUAUAAGACGAAAGCUUGAAGCUUUAUUUAUUGCUGGUAUAGUCGAAAUACAGGAAAUUCCUCGAUUCUAUGACAAAGCAGCAAAUCACUCCUUUCAUCUUUGGUAUGUUCCACUUGAGAAAUGUUAUGAUAACUUGAUCCAUGAUAUCUAUCGAACCAUCUCAAACUUACAACAGCGUAAAACGGAAGAAUUACAAAAAAGGGACUGGCUAUUAGGAAAACUAAAUCGGUCCGAUGUGGCCAGUAAUAUCGAUCUGUUGAACGAAAUUGACAAGGCAGAAGUAGGCAAUAUGAAUAAAGUGAUAGAACGAAUCGAGAUCGCAAAGGCACGACUUGAUGAAAUGAUUAUGGUCCUUCGAGACUUUUAAAUAAGUGAAUAAAAAACUGACAACUGCGCUUGAACUUGUUUU